AUGUUUUGCACGAUUUUUGAUCAGCUCAUUGAGUGUUGUAAGCUUCCUAAUGAAAGUAUAUUCAGUACUGAACUGGAAUUUGAGCUUGAAAGCAUCAAAAAAACUCCUCAUUGUCAAGAGAUGUUAAAUUGUAUUCAUGCUUCAGGGUCUUGCUUUGGAAAUAUUUUGAAUUAUAAUUCUUUUAGGCCAAACACUUCAAUAAGGUAUUUAACUAGUAACUUACACCAAAGAUAUGGAACUAAACAAUUAUCUCUAUUACCUAAAUACGAAGCUAUUCUGUUUGAAGGUAUAAAUAAUGAGCAAAAUAAGAUAGAUAACGAAUUGGUUCAGAAUUUAAUAGAAAAUGAUCCUCAAAUUGGUAAUCAAUUGUUAAACUUCAUUCAAGCUUUAAGCAAAGGAAUAAUGGUAAAACAAGUUUUGGACUUAACAAUAGGUGACACAAAGUAUAUAGCAAUGUAUCUUUCAAAGAAUCUAAGCAGCCUGAUUCUGGACAAUUUUGGUGGAGUAUUGUUAGAAGUACCUUUAAAAUUUGUAAUCGACGUUGUUUUCAGUGAUUUCUCAAAUGAUAAAAAGACACUAAUCAACGAAUUCACAAUCAGAAAAGGUUAUGAACCUGUAAAACUGAAUGAAGAUAUUCAAUAUUUAGUUUCUAUAGACCUUGGUACACAGAUGAAGUCUAUUUGUCUAACUUUUAGUUCAGAAAUUGAUGGAAUGAGCUUUUGUACGAAUCUUUGUAAAUUAAUUAGUUAUUUAAAUCUAAAAAGAAUAGGAUGA